CGCGAUCUCAUCUCGUUGGUGUCGUUUCUCAAUCGAUUCUCCACAUCAGUUAGACGCUAUGAAAUUGGUGGGACUACUCGCGUGUGCCUUUUUCGCCGUGCAACAGACUGUCGCUUCGAAACCUUGCAGCAGCUUGGGCUUUUUCAGUCAAGUGCCUUGUGAUGAAACUCAUUCAAGCAAGUGUUAUAACAUAUGUGGUGGAAGACAGACUCCAAUUCAGACUUUUCAACUCUGCCUCAACAAACAAACUCUUGUGUCCAAGAUCGGCGAUGAGGUACGGGGCGUUGUCUCUUUCAAUCUAGAUCGUCCACUGAAUGACGCUCUAUUUUACGACUUCCACUUGACGUUUUCGAGCAACAGGCAAGCAUUUUUUUCCGGCGAAGUCUGCAAUUAUCAACCAGAGUUAUGUCAUACUACUAUUUUAAGCUUCAACUUCUCUUACCCUCUCACAAGCAAAUUUUCACCGUACACAGGGACUGUCUUCGUUGAAGGAAAACUGUCAGGCAAGGACGGGCUCAUCUUGUGCGCAAAUGCCAGCGUCGUUCUUUUAAAAUAAACAGAAAGAAAACUCACUUGCUCAAUGAUGUUAUUGUUUAGUCUGCUGUCUCUACUAAAUUUGUCAAUACUAUAGCAUCUAGAAUAGAAGCGCAGCUGACGUAUGGUUGUAGUCUGACUUUUCAAGCGUUGACUAGAGAUUAUGGCUAGACAUGAGUAUAGACACAUUAUGUUGUCUACAAUACAGCAACAAUGUUACUUUAUAAAAUUUAAUAAAUAG